GUCCCCACCAGGGCAGGUGGAGGGUCUGCAGCUCCCCACGGCUGCCCACAUGGCUCUUACCCUGACCCAGAUCCAGCUUCCAGCCUGGCCUGGGGACAGGGCCUCGGGGGCCAAAGAGCUGCAACCAGGCCAUGCGAAUGUGACCCUGGAUCCAAACACAGCAAAUGCCCAGCUCAUCGUGUCUGAGGAUCGGAAAAGCGUGAGGCGUGGAAUUGCACGGCAGGAGGUGCCGGACAAUCCAGAGCGAUUCCAUUCUUUCUGUUUGCUGGGCUGUGAGAGGUUCACCUCAGGGAGACAUUACUGGGAGGUGGAGGUGGGAGAUGGAGGGUUUUGGGCUGGGGGUGUUGCCAGAGAGUCUAUGAGGAGGAAGGGAGGGAUCAGAUUUAACCCUGAGCAGGGGAUCUGGGCUGUAGAGCGGUGUGGGGAUCAGUACCGGGCUCUCACCUCCCCGGAAACUCCCAUGCCCCUGAGUGAGAGACCUAGGAAGAUUGGGGUUUAUCUGGACUAUGAAGCGGAGUGGGUGGCAUUUUAUGAUACUGGUAAUGAGACCCUGAUCUUUACUUUCAUGUCAGCGUCUUUCACGGGGGAGACAAUCCUUCCCUUCUUCUGGGUGGGGAUUGGAGUCCUGCUCAGAGUCUGCCCCUGAGGCCUGGAGAUGGGGAGGUAGCAAUAUCCCACUGGGGUUCACUCUGGUUGUGGACCAGAAAUGGACUGAACUAGUUGUUGUCCUGGGGACAGCUCAGAUGGUUUAAAACAAACCGCCGUGGUUCUAGAG